GGCACUACUUCUUGCAGUGUCGUAAUAGCGACUCCUCAUCUUGUUCCUUUCAUAAGCAAAUUCUUCUUUCGGUACUGACAGUUUCAGUGACAGAAGAAAGAAAAGCUGCUUCUUCACACUAAUAAAUCAUGUCCGCUCGCAUGAAGAACCGUUUUUCUCUGGAGGCGUGCAAGCAGCGUAGCGCCGCCGCGGAGGAGAAGGUCUUGAAGAUUACGAAACAGGCAAAGGAGCAGAUUCUGAAAACCUCGGUGCGGCAGAUAUGGGACUCUCAAACGUGACAUUCUCAACUGUUACAUUGUUUGUCAUGCAAAAACACUAUCACUCUUCACACGAUCAAGCCUUCUUCGCAUGACAACCUCUUGGCGCGCUAAAUAGCACCACAAUCCGUCCGAAAUCUGUAAUGCAAAAGGCGCAAUCUUCCUCCUUUCACUUUUGCCAUUCUUGCAUCACAAAUUCACGCAACAGUUGAGAAUGCAACCGCUGAGAACGCCAUAGCAGAACCGUGAAGAGUGGCUUCGGAACUGGCAGGAGUGGAGGAAACAAGAGCGCGAGUUAUCGCAAGAACUGGACGAGUUUGCGUUGCAGGAGCAGGAGCUUCUGCUGAGUACUAACUCCGCAGCUCCUCCUCUCGAGGAACUCGAACUGCAAGAUAGACUGGUGAUUAUGCCGACCACCGAGGGUGGACGUGGAGCUGGGCCUGAGAACAACUACUAUGCAGGAGCAGCAGCAGGGGUGGAAUUGGAGAACGAGAAGAUGAGCACUAGCACGAGCACUACGCCGACAAAUGGCAGGAGCCCAAUAGCAAUAUCAUCGAGUUCCACGACGACCGCAGCUAGUAGUACUAUCUGGAGCGACAUCACUUUGCUAAAGCGGAACAGCAUGAAUUACAACACAAUGACGGAUCAACAAGUAGAACAUAAUGCAGCUUCCUCCCACCUGUCGCUCCUCCUCGAAUUUUGCCGGGAGCUGCAAGCGAAGAACGAGGUGGGCAUGCGGUUGUGCGAAAGCCAGUGUGAAACUAUCACUGCGGAUCGGGAAAAUUUGGUGAAAAAAGUGAGGCAGUGGGUGAUCCAACAAUUCGGGUUUGAGACCGCCGGGACUUGCUGUGCGGACGGAAUGAUGAACAGCAACAAUAACCAGGCGGGCGGUUCGCUGGAAGAUUUGAGCUUCGACGAAGAGGAGUUUCUGAAUCAGUUUGACAGCGCCAGCAGGAGCGGGAACAAAGUAAAUCACGCUGAUGACAGCAAGAACGAGAACGAAGCUGCUGCAGAGGGACCACUGUCAUCGCAAGCAGAACAAGUUCUUUCUUCGUGUUGCGCAGGAGUUGGAGGUGAUGCCGUUGACACGAGGACCAGUCACACCACUCCCGCUGGGGACCCUGACGUGGAAAUGGCUACGUCAACAUCUUCGGGCGACCACAGGCCGGCCGCGCAUCUUCAAGAACAACAUCUUCAGCACCGCGAGCGAGCCGAUCUGGUACCAUUUUUACCACCAGAUUUCUACAAGUUGCAGCGGAGAUACCUGCAGAAGACGGACGCGUUGCAAAAGGAAUACGAAGCGGAGGUGGAGAAGAAACGCAGCCAGUUGAACCAAGUUGAACUAGAGAUCAACUUGCUACAGGAGCAGCUCGUAAGAACGACACCUCGUCCCGAGGCAGUCGCAGUGGGAGUAGAGAACCACGAGGAUGCUCGUCAUGCGAUGUUCUACUUACCCAAUAACCAGAACUGCAAAAUAAAUGCCAAGCUACCUGUCGGUAGCAAUACAGCGGGCACGACCACGACCUCGAGCACUGCUGUUUCAUCUCGCAGCCGCCCCGUCAGCGCGCAACAUAGAAAUAACGAAAAUAUGACCACCAGCACGACUACCCCGACGCACGCCAAACCGGUGUCCUCCCGCCCGCGGGCUAACGCGACCGCGUGGUCGUCUUGUUCGCAGCAGUCUAAGAUAAAUAAAGCGACCCUCCAGCACCAGCCGCCCCUCAACAUCACGACGACCGUCGAUCCAGCCUUGCAACUGCGGCGACUACUCGAGCAGAAAAAGUUCAGUAAAGAGCAAAUAAGUAUCGCUUACAAGAAUUACCGAAAGAAGCGGAAGCAAGUUUUGCUGGAGUGUCAGAAGGAAUUCAGAAGUUUGGAAACCAAAGAGGAGCAGCGCUUCGAAACGGACUUUUCUACACUGAAAAAACAGCAGCGAAUAAUGAAACAACGACAGCAGAUCAUCUCGAAAAAAAAUCAAGAGGUGUCGGCGAAACUGAAAAAAAACGCGACGACCUUUAGUUCUACUUGUACGACAGGAAUAAAUGGAAAGAGACCGUCCUCCGAUUACAAAAACAACGACAGCAUGCUGAAGCUUGAUUUUUUGACCGACGAAACGCAAGCGCUAGCGGAGCAGUCGGAGAAAUCGCUCCACGAAAAGUUGCAGCAAAAGGAAAAGCUUUUCGAAAUCCAGGACCGGAAAAGACAGCUCCGCGAGGAGCAGAGAGAAGCUGCGCAGAGAAGGGAGCUGGAUGACUACGUUUCCUACUUGAAACAGGACCAGAUGAAUGCGGAGCGGAAGAAGUUGAGGGAUACGAAGGAGAGGCUGAAGUUCGACGAGAAACAAAGAGUGGAGCAGCAACUUCUCGCGGAGAAAGAAAAAGCGGAGCAGAACCGGCUGAGGCUGCUGGACAAGCUGAAGGUCGAGGCGCCUGUCGAUCCGGAACGGUUGACCCGGAACAGGAUCGCAGAAUUCAAAUACUUCGAUCCGAAGUCCACGAUUUGCCGGAAUCAAGUCGCGGACGUCCACGGCUACUUCGAGGAACGGUUGGCGAAAGAUCCGCGAUACAGACUCUCCGCCGCGUUGAGCAAAACCAACGGGAACAGCAAAAAUCUGUUGACAUCGGACGCGGCCCGGGCGGCAAUGGGAAGUUUAAAACCAGAACUGCCGAGGAAUCACGCGCUGGCGAGCCAUUUACCGGGGUUGUCUUUGGGGGGAUGACGAUGAAGAUGAUAAGAUGCAAAUCCAAAUGUCCUGGUGUCUUCACUGAAGAUCGAAGAUUUGUUGGGAUGAUCAAUGCUGAGCAUAUUCGUGUUGGUCCCCUGCUUUGUAAUGUGCGUCCGAGAAAAAAAAACAAGUGGCUCCAGCGCAGGGUCGUUCUUGUCCCUUCUUAUGCUUCCUUCUCCCUCCGUGUGUUCCUC